UUAAAGAAAUUGGACAACCCCGCGAGACUUUAGUGGGCGUGGACAACGAGGCGAGGGCUUCCUGCUCGGAUGAACACGUGGUUCCGUGUCUGCCUUCCUGCUCGUCUGUCAGUGUGUGUGUGUGAAGGUUUCCAGCCCUUCUCUCACUCCUCUCCCUUUCAUCCUCCCAUACAGCAGACAGCACACCACCUUCUCCUCUCCUUCCUCCGUCCCACCCGCACCUCCUCAUCCUCCCGCUACACUUUCCUCCUCUUUGCGACGGGACUGCCGACAGCCAGGCCGCGGUCACUUCAGCGUGGAUCAGCUCAGAGAGGGAGAACUAGUGUGUGUAUGUACGUGUGAGUGAGUGAGUGAGUGCGUGUGCGCGCACCCGCCGGCAACCGGUCCAUCCGCGUUAUUCCCCCUCACCCCCUUCCCGCUAUCCUGCCUCGUUGCUCGGUCAUGACGCUAGAAGCGAUCCGCUACCGGACCGGGUCUCUGCAGAUCCUCAACCAGCUGCUGCUGCCACACCAGACCGUUUACGAUGACAUCCGCUCGGUGCAGGACGCUUACGAGGCCAUCAAGUCCAUGAAGGUGCGCGGGGCUCCGGCCAUCGCCAUCGUUGGCUGUCUCAGCUUGGCCGUGGAGCUGCGGGCAGGCGCCGGAGGUGACGACCCUGUGACCUUCAUCAGGGAGUCUCUGUGUCACCUGACCUCAGCGAGGCCCACCGCCGUCAACAUGGGCCGCGCCGCCCGCGAGCUGAUGGAGUUUGCAGAGAAUGAGAGUAUGGAGAAGAACUCUGAGCAGCUCAGAGAAAGUGUAAUUGCCUGGAUCGAAGACAUGCUGGAGCGUGACGUCAAUGACAACAGGAAGAUCGGUAACUAUGGAGCUCAGCACAUCCUUUCUGGCGUCCCCAGGGACUCGGUGACCAUCCUCACACACUGCAACACCGGCUCGCUGGCCACAGCUGGAUACGGGACGGCGCUGGGCGUGGUGAGAAGCCUCCACGCGCUGGGCAGGCUGAAGCGCGUGUACUGCACAGAGACGAGGCCGUACAACCAGGGGUCCAGACUGACGGCGUACGAGGCUGUAGCGGAGGGAAUCCCUGCCACGCUUAUAACGGACAGCAUGGCAGCUCUCACCAUGAGGGAGAUGGACAUCACAGCUGUGGUGGUGGGUGCAGACAGGGUGGUUGCUAACGGUGACACAGCCAACAAGGUCGGCACGUACCAGCUGGCCAUCGCCGCUAAGCACCAUGGGAUACCUUUCUAUGUGGCGGCACCCAGCACGUCGUGUGACCUGAGUCUGGAGAGCGGGAGGGACAUCAUUAUUGAAGUGCGCCCCCCCGAGGAACUCACUUCUAUAAACGGGGUUCCCAUCGCUGCCCCAGGUAUCGAAGUGUGGAACCCGGCCUUCGACGUGACCCCUCACCAGCUCAUCACAGGGGGCAUCAUCACAGAGCUGGGAGUCUUCCUCCCCUCUGAGCUCCAGGCGGCGCUCACCGGCCGCCUCACUGCCCUCUAGAGCCACUCGGCUCCUCCUGCUGGUCCGUGCGCACCACUGCACGUUUACGUCACACUAAGAGACACUUUCUCAUCAUCACAGACGCCGCACAGUUGUAUUUCUAAUUGAAUUUUGUUCAAUACACAGUCACUGUUGCAUUCAGUGGUGCACACAGGGGGAAAAAAAAAUCUUGUUUGUCACUUUUCCACAUACACAGCUACAUAGAGUCUCACUGCAGGGAGUCGAGUAGCCACACACGUGCGGUCUCCCCUUUCUUUUAAAUCCCUGUUCUGUCUUUACCUUUCACCUCCAAAGCUUUCCAUUGCAUCUGUCAUUGUCUCUUUCAGCCUCUCUCUCUUUCCAAAUGGCUUCUGUACCAAUAAAAAAAAAAAGCUCAGCUGGACUCGAACCCAGAAAUUCAAUUUGGCAAACAAACCUAUAUGCGACCUUACGAAAGUCACAUUGUAACAACUUAAAGAAUAAAACGAAAGCCUAAAUAGCACGACUGGUUCUUUAAUUUGAAACAAGUCGUGGUUUCUAAAAUGCUGCUACCUACUUGUAAAUAUAUAUAUCCUUGCUGGUAGUGUGUACAUAUGUAGAAACUAACCCCCGCUCGUGAAACGCGCCGCUUUUUCAUCCAAAUAAGCGGUUAUGUAAAAAAUACAUUUCGCAUCUAAAAAUGUUAUAUUAACAUUUCAUUUCUUUUGCUCAGUGUAGGAACUUUUUUGUAAUAGACAAAUUCACAUUUUUAGCUCAUAGUCUUAAUAUGGAAGAAUUUUGUGUGUCAAAAUAAUUGAACGAUCGGUCACGCUAGUCAGCUGAAGCCUUUAACGUCACAUGGCUACUUUUAUACCUCACUCCUUAUUUGCGUUUUGCUCUUCCCAGUUAUACUGUAUCAUACCACACAUGUACUCUCGUAAUAGACUUGUAUAAACUGAUCAGCCACAGCAUUAAAACCACCUGCAGAAACGGGUCCAGAUCGGUCUCUUUCUGAUGCAUCCCGCGGCCGCUCGAUCAGAUUUAGACCCGGGGAGUUUGGAGGCUGGUCAGCACUUUGGGCUGCCUGUCACCCUUCUCUGUAAGGAAGAAUCAUUAAAAAAAAAUAGGAGUUAAAGGAGUAGUUUGCCUCAAAAUUAAGGUUUAGUUGUUGGCUUGUGUGCACAUCAGUCAAGACUUUAAAAUAAUUUUUCGAUGUCAGCUUUCCUGCUUAGAAACGAAUCUCUCUCCAGAUGGUGCGUUUAACUACAUCAGCCUCAACACACGAAAAGCUGCACAAAAAAAGGAUUUUUACUCUCACACUUCCUGCUCUGUGUGCAGACGGACACAGCUGACAAGUAGAAGAAAGAGAGAGUUGCUUUGAUUUGACUCCAAGCUAAUGGUUAGGUUGCUCUGUGACCACAGUGUCAUCAUAACAAACCGCUUUGCUAACACAUCCGCCUUGAUGGCUUGUUUUAACAUUGGGUUAAGCAGCCUAAUGAUUAUAUUCCAAACCAUGUGAGUGAAAUCUCCAGUGUUCAGUCCUUUGUUGCGUGUCAUACACCCACAUCUCUGCCUUUAUGUCAAGCUGCUCUUAACUGCCAAAUAAAUACCAAAAUACUCUUUUAAUAUCUCUGUUAUUUUGUGUGUUGUUAGUUUGUUUUGCCACUAAAGUGUGGAAAACAAAUCAAUGCAGUUUUAAAGCCCUCCAGUAUUGACAUCGUGAUGGCGUUUCAAAGUGUCAGAGACACAAAACUUAGUCUAAAGGUGAAGUCUUAGAUUUCAGACUAACUAGUUGGGCCAUACAAACCUGAGAGACUCACAAAUUUAAUGUGGGGGUGAGCAGGAGCUGACUGUCUCUUUUUGUGGGGGCAUGAACUACUCCUUUAUGAUGGAGGGCAUCUUCUGCGUUAUGUACUUUUACGCCACCACCAAUGAGAAUGUAACAUUUAAGUCGUAUAAAUGUUGUUUUCGUUUGGGGCCGGACGUCAGACACUCAGCCACUUCUUGCCUUUGCGCUCACCUUCGAAUGUGUUUCGACCGCUUGGACUAAUCCCUCCUCAUAAACUCCCAGACAUGCUCGCGACUCGCCGAAAUCUGUGCCGCGAGCGACUGAAAGCAGGUCGAUAUCAAGAAGUACACAAAGGUUUUGUUUUUUUUUCUCAGAAGUUAUUGUUUGACAUUUCUGGCCCCUGAGUUUCUUUUCUCUAUCCUGAUGAAAGAACUGGACUAUAAAGGAAAAAUGAAUUUCAUAAUGGUAGGAAAUGCCAAACUCGUCUAGUGCUGAAACUAUUUGUACAGGAAAAGAAUGAAUAUCCUAACAAUAUAGCAGUUGUUUAAAGGGAACCUAUUAUGCUUUUUUCCAUAUUUUUAUUCUUGGGCUCUAGUAGAGUAGAUUUGAAUGAUUCACAGUUAAAAAUAGUUCUUGUUUAUUUUAUUUAUCCUCCAGUUCAUAUGCCAUCUGAAACACAAGCCAUUUUAGCUCCUGUCCAUGGAAGACCUUUAAGAAAUCCCUUUAUGAGCAUCCAGCAUUGUAACAAUAUGUGUGCAUUUAUAACAGAAAAUAAAGCAUUUUCACACAAAAUACUAGUUGAAAUUUUACACCCAAUAUUUGGACCGUCCUUCAAGUUAGUUGCCAACUUACUAACUGAUAAAUCCAGCAUCGUUAGGCAGACUGAUUGAUGCAAGCCUGUGUUUGAGGUCUUGUAUCGUGAUUUGAAUGCACUGAAUUUUUGCCACCUGGCCUGCGAGCUUACGGUGCAUUUGUCGUUGUGAGAUGCUUCGUAGAAACAUCCCAGACGUCUCUUAUCUGCGUGCUGACACCUAAUCAUUUACCCAAAGUCACCAGGUCCACACUGUUUGCUGCCUUACAGGUGCAGCCUGAUUGUAGCUUACUGAUGUAAGGCAGUAGUCUCCUCGCUCCGUCCUUCAACAGAGUUCAUAUCGUGUUGCCAGAGUGCUUAAAGGCUGAGGCAGGCAGUAAUAUUUUUUUGUGGUUAUUAGACAAAAAAUCCUUUAAUAACCUUUCAGCAUAUUGUAAUUCAAGUGCUCUCAGAGGAAACCAGACCUCUGAACCAUCUCUUCACUCUGUUUUCAGGCUUUAUUAGAUCUAGCCUACGUCUUUGUUCAAUCACAGGCCUAAUGGCUCCUCUGCAGAUGUGCAGAGGAGUCCUUUGCACAUACUUCAGAUUGUGAAAAGUAGCAGAAAUUCCUGAAGGAAAAUAUGAUUUUCAAAAUUCACAGCUUGCACUGCGUCGCAGUCUGGUUUUUUGUUUUGUGGUUUUCCUUGUAUAUUACCUGAAACUUGGCCUUUACUGCAUUUACUGACUCGAUUAGAGAGAUGUCAGAGGUCUGGCCACAGGCACCACCACCUCACACAUUGACUGUCUACUACACAACUUCUCUACUCUACAGGACCACAGGGAGGUUCUGAGAAAACAUCAUUUUAAAAAAACAAAACAAAAAGCUUAACAUCGAUAAUUACGACAGUGUCUAUUGUCUAUAUCUUAAGAUAUGCUGUAAUGUAAGCUCAUUCCUUCACUUUCUUCCUCAUCAAUCAUCACCUCUCUCACCCAUCAAACCUCAACUCACAAAGAUGCUGGUAGGUCACACGCAAGUGUUAAAAAAUUUCUUUCGUUUUGUAAAGUUAAAGACUUCAUGCUUUUUUUGGGGGAGGGGGGGAUUUUAGACAAUUUUCCUGACAUAUGUAGCAAUUUUAUGGCCCGUUAGAUGCGCCGCCUGUCAUUUCUGUUUAAGAGGUACAAGAUUUUUGUUUGUCUGUAGGUCAUGAUUAUAACUGUUCUGCUGUGGUUUGUUGGUUUAUUUCAUGAUUUCAUUGUGAUUCCUAGUGACUAGGCCAUUAGAGCACCACACUGGGGAGGCCUCCUCAACCAUACGCACUACCUCUCCGUCUGCCUGCACGGACUCGAACACUGAAAUGCAUGAACACAAGCACUUAAUGCGCCAGCCUGCAGCAGAGCAGAUUGACAAGGUUGAUGAAAAGAAAUAUGGGUUACAAUUUUCACUCGUUUGUAUCUUGAACGCUAAGUGACAAUUAAUUUGUGGCGGUGCUUUUAGUUUGCCAAAGUAGCCUAGAUUCAGGCUCGUCUGUUAUUUUAGGUUGCAGUUGAAUUACAAUACCUUGCAGAUGUCUCGAGUUCUCCCUCAUUUCUUUAUAUUUCACUUCUAAUAAGCCACAUUUUCUUGUUGUUGUUUUUAUUUUAUUUUAAGUGGUCUUGAGUAAUAGUUCUGUAGGCUUUGUAAAGGUCUUUCAAAGUUCUUCUUGGGACAUUGGCUGCUACAUAAAAUAGUAAAAUGGUAUAUUUGCCCCAGCAAUGUGAUUCCCGAAUAGCUAUUAGCCAAAAAUUUUGCAUAUCUCAGCAUGGAGUGCUCUGAGUUCUUAAAAAAUUUGAGGAAAGUGGACAAAAGAAGAAAAGGCCGGUCUGUAGAAGUGUCUACAGCAGAAAGUGUUUUUUGUCUUAUAUACUUACAUAUUUGUUACCAUGUUUUCAUAAAUUGGUGCAGUUAUUUCCAAUUUCUUAGCAAGAUAUAAAGAAAUGAGGGGUGACUUUUGCACAGUACUGUAUUUCUGUAUUAUGGAUUAAUGCUUUUUAAGCAGCAGCAAUAUAAUGUCGUAUUUUAAAAAGAGAUAACGCAGUCCUCUCCUUCCAAAAAGGCCAAAACAUGGAUAAUAAUGAGGUGCCAAAAUCCAGCGCCGCCUGUCUCGUACUUUCCAAGUUGAUUCGAUUAAUCAUAGCAGAUGUGUAUGCAUUAUAAAGCGAUUGGUGCAGUCUGCAUUUACCAUGGAGGGAGUGUUGUUCAGAUGGCCUCUUUAAGUGCAAGUAUGUUGUUGUUGUUGUUGUUGUUGUUGAUAAUCACCUGGUUUGAUUUUGUAACAUGUGGAAAGUGUUCUGAACUGUUUUUUUCUUUUUCUUUUUCUUUUAUAUAUUUACGUAUAUGAAUAUAAUGCUGUAAAGUGCAGUCAUAAAUUAAGAGAUUUCUCUUUCACAUCAAUAAAGGAAAGAAGUAAAACCACAGCAAAAAUGCA